AUGGACAAUGAAGACAUCUGGAAUGCUGAUCCAAAGGCAGUACAGGACUCGGAAUGGUCGAGAUUGUCAUCGAACUUCACUACCGCUGGAUAUCGUGAGGGGAUCACUUCCGGUAAAGAGUCUGCAUUGCAAGCUGGUUUCGAUGAAGGAUUCGCCGAAAUUGGUACGCCUCUAGGACGAGAACUGGGUAUACUUCGUGGUGUAACCGCUGCUCUACUCUCUUCCCUGACUCGCAAUGAGGACAUGUACCGGGGCAUUAUAGAAGAGGUGCUCGAGAUUGGGUCACGAUUAGGAGCAGUACGGCUUACUGACAUCGCACCGCCCGACCUGGAGGCAGAGCGCCAUGCCCGUGAACACCUCAGCGCUGAAGACGAGAGCAAUGUGGGCGCGGAGCUUAACGAAGAGGUGAAGGAGAGGCGCGACAUGGAGCGGCUAGAAGAUAUGAUGUUAUAUUUGGGAAAUGACUCACUCGAACGUGCGACUAGGCCAACAAUCGAUGACGUCCAUCACAUAAAGGAACACCUUCUCAGCCUCUGUGCACGACUUAGUAUAUCCUUGCAGUGGAACUAA